AUGGAUGAGAUACUGGUUUGCCCGUGCUCCAUUGCUUUUCUCUCAAUAUCUCCAGAAGAGAAGCUGUACGGACUUCUUCGAGGAGGCGGAUUCUCAGUAGGUAAAAUGGGAUUGGUCAGUCAACUAGCCGAGUCCUCCAAGACUAAUCCCUUCUCUUGCCCUGUAAGGACAGCUAAAUGUAGUAGCGCCGUUGCCGACGAUGCUGAUGCUGUGGAGUUUGGAACGCUAAAGUAUUAUUCACUCUGCGCCUUUGGUGGAGUACUGUCGUGCGGCAUCACCCAUACCGCUAUUGUCCCACUUGAUCUUGUGAAGUGUCGUAUACAAGUCAAUCCGGAGAAAUACAAGGGAAUCGUUACUGGUUUCCGUACUACAAUUGCGGAAGAAGGUGGUCGAGCUCUUGCAAAAGGAUGGGCUCCCACCGCUAUCGGCUAUUCCCUGCAAGGACUGGGAAAGUUUGGAUUCUACGAAGUUUUCAAGAAUAUCUACUCAGAAAUGCUUGGACCUGAGAAUGCGUACAUUUACCGCACUUCCCUAUACCUUGCAGCAUCUGCGUCUGCAGAGUUCUUCGCUGACAUUAUGUUAGCUCCCAUGGAGGCCACAAAAGUGCGAGUACAGACUUCCCCCGGUGCUCCACCAACCCUUCGUGGUUGUGCUCCUAUGAUUUACAGAUCUGAAGGAUUGAUGGGCUUCUACAAGGGUAUCGUGCCUCUAUGGUUGCGUCAAAUUCCUUACACUAUGAUGAAGUUCGCUUGCUUCGAACGAACAGUAGAGAUGUUGUACAAGUACGUUGUACCGAAACCACGUUCAGAAUGUUCAAAACCAGAACAACUUGUGGUCACUUUCGUAGCUGGUUACAUAGCUGGUGUGUUCUGUGCAAUAGUCUCACAUCCCGCUGACACCGUAGUGUCGAAGCUAAAUCAAGACGCUGGCUCAGGAAUUGGAGGAAUCAUCAAGAAACUCGGCUUUGCUGGUUUAUGGAAGGGAUUGUUCCCCCGUAUUAUUAUGAUCGGUACACUAACAGCCGCACAAUGGUUCAUAUAUGACUCCGUGAAGGUAGCUUUGCACCUUCCCCGCCCACCACCACCAACUAUGCCCGAAUCUCUUAGAUUGAAACUUGAGGCUGCGAAAGCACAUUAA